GCCAAAUGAAUUGGGUUAUUAAUCUGUCGGCAGGCACUUAAAUAACGAGGGCUGGUCACCCUAUCUUUGUAGGUGGAACCCCGCCGUAUUGUAAAUGUUUAACUGUAGCCGUUCCGUUUUAAAUUUCUCUGGAGUUUAAAAGGAGGCGAGUUACUCUGUGAGUGGUGCUACAAUUCUAUGCGGAGAGGGUUCCCAGCGCGCGUCCAGACAGUUGCCUCAAGCUAGUCUCUCUCCGCAGACACCGAGCAUCAUUCCUGUGAUAUGGAACGGAGGAGUCAAGACCAGAACAAAACAGCUCUUUGAACAUUAGCAUCAUUCUCCCGUCUGCGUAAUGGCAUUCAUGAAUAUUUAAAAAAAAAAAAAACAUAGGUUGUAGAUGCCACUUGGGUGAUUUUUAAAUAUUGCGUUGACGUUUCGGAAGUUCACAAUAUCAUGUUCAGAGCAUUUUAUUAAUUUAUUUUAAAAUGCCCCCCUUUUGAAGACUACAGUGCGUGAUUAUUUUUGUAUUUAUUUACUUUUUUUUAUUGACCCGACAGGCUAUAUUGGAUUUAUUUAUUCGUCACAAUUCCAAUUUCAAAGGACUGUUUUCUUUUUAGUUUAUUUUUUUCCUGCAGGAGGACUUUGCGGUGCCAUAUAUAAUGUUUUGGGUAUGCGCCUGGAUGAGCAGCACUGUUGAGAUGAGGAUAGCAGUUUGCUGUUAAAUUCUCUCUCUCACUUUAUAUGAUGGUAAUCUGGAAAUGUCGACUAGCUGACUCCAGCAAAAAGAGCCAAGAACGCUUUACACCUGAUUUGGGAAAGGGGAAAUUAGAGAUGGGCUGGCAGCAGCAACGUGGUUAAAUAUUGUCUGCGGGAUUCAGCCACCGGUAACAUUUAUUUAUUUAUUUGUAUAAAGUUUUUUUUUUUCCAAAAAGUUUUUGUAUUUAUUUGGACCCAAUGAGGAUGCUCUUUCACCGCGGCGUUAAAUAUUUGGCUAUGAGGCAGAACAUCUACGGGGUCGCAGCGAGAUUCACCUGGAGUUUCUUCCUAUUCUACCUGUUGGCUCAGAUGCGGCCGUCUUCUGCGUUUCUUACAGGUUCUGUGGCUAGUUGUCAAAAUGAAGGAGAUGUGUUGCAGAUCCCCACUAUCACAGACAACCCCUGCAUCAGCUGUGUUUGUUUGAAUAAAGAAGUUACCUGCAAGCGUGAGACAUGCCCUCAGAUCCCCAAAGACUGCGCGCUGCUGGUGAAACAGAGGGGAGCCUGCUGUGAAAAAUGCAAAGGUUGCCAGUUUGAAGGGAAAUCUUACAACAGCUCCAUGCAGUGGCAGAUACCAUCCAAACCAUGCAUAACACGCACAUGUCAGGAGGGCGUAGUGACGGAGUCCGAGAGGAGGUGUGUGGUGCACUGUAAGAAUCCCACAAUACAGAGAGGAAGAUGCUGCCUCACCUGCCCAGGGUGUAUCUUUGCAGGCAGAGAGUAUCGUGAGGGGGAGGAGUUCCAUCCUGAAGGGAACAGAUGUGUGAAAUGUUCCUGCGCUGGAGGCCGAACUCAGUGUGUGAAGGAAGUGUGUCCCGUCCUUUCCUGUCCCCAGCACCUCAGCCACACACCUCCAGGGCAGUGUUGCCCCAAAUGUUUAGGUCAAAGGAGAGUGUUUGAUCUGUUGCUCGGAAGCUGCUUGUUUCACAGUGAGGUGUAUGAAAAUGGGACCUCCUUCAAAUACGACAACUGCACUUCUUGCAUCUGCAAGAAUUCCACAGUGGUGUGUAAGAGGAAGUGCUCUCGUUCUGGGAGUUGCAAUAGCAACAAAGAGUUCUGCUGUGAGCCUUGUGUCUCUUAUGUUCCCAUUGAGGAGGUCACAUUUUGCCAGUCUGGGAAUAAAAUCUACAGGGAUGGAGAAAUGUGGUCCUCUGUCAACUGCACACUGUGUGCUUGUGUAAAGGGGGAGGUUCAGUGCCACAAAAAAGAAUGUGUCCUAAUAAAGAGCUGCCCCUCUGGUAAAAUUCUCAACAGAAAUGGUUGCUGUCCCAUUUGCACUGAAAAACCUGGAGUUUGCACUGUGUUUGGGGACCCUCACUACAAUACUUUUGACGGCAGGACGUUUAACUUUCAGGGGACCUGCAAGUAUGUUCUGGCCAAAGACUGCUCGGCGGCUGCCAGCUUUCAGGUGCUGGUGAAGAACGACGCCCGCAAAACACGCUCCUUCUCCUGGACCAAGUCAGUGGAGUUUAUUUCAGCUGAUGUGAGUAUCAGCCUUCACCAGCACCUCACAGUAAAGCAGAACGGGACUCGGAUAUCUCUGCCUCAUGAGACGGCACAGUUACGUGUUGACUUGGACGGGUACUUACUGAAACUGACCACGAAGACAGGUCUGGUGAUCUCAUGGGAUGGGGACAGCUUUGUGGAGGUCAUGGCUGCCCCCCACCUGAAGGGCAAGAUGUGCGGCCUUUGCGGAAACUACAACGGGCACAGGCGAGACGACCUCAUCGGUGGCGACGGCAACUUCAGGUUCGAUGUGGACGAGUUUGCAGAGACGUGGCGAGUGGAGUCCAAUGAGGUGUGCAACCUGCCGCGGAUCAAGCCCCCGCUUUACCUCUGUCCUGGGACCGUCAAGGUCAAGUUCCGAGCCCACCGCGAGUGCCAGAAACUCAAGUCCUGGGAGUUCCAGAAGUGCCACUCCACAGUCGACUUUACCCCAUUUUAUAGGUCGUGCGUGACAGACAUGUGUGAAUGCCCUGUACACAAGAACUGCUACUGUGAGUCCUUCAUUGCCUACUACCGGGCCUGUGAGAGGGAAGGCAUCGAAGUCCACUGGAAGCCCGAGCAUAGCUGCAUGGCCAACCAGUGCAAGCAUGGAGCUGUGUACGACACCUGUGGCCCGGGAUGCACAAAGACGUGUGAUAACUGGAAUGAGAUUGCCCCAUGCAAUAAACCCUGUGUGGCUGGGUGCCACUGCCCAGCAGACCUUGUGCUUUCGAAAGGAAGAUGCAUUAAGUCCACUCUCUGUGCACGCCGAUGACACAAGCUGCAUUGGAGAAGAACACUUAGGCAAGUGACUGCUGUUCCACUGCAGCAAACCCUCAAACACAGCCCAUGAGGAACGGUGAAAGCUUCCAACAUCCAGCCAUCAACAUCUCCACAGAAACGGUCGUCAACCUUCAAAGCUGUCUGCAUGUACAAUACACCUCGUUUUGUCCAAAUCAAUGACUAUAUGCACUCACUUAUCUUGGUUUAAAGUAAGAGUCUGCGAUAUUGGCAACAGAGGAUUUUUGACAAGCUGGAGUUAUAUACAUUUACAGAAGGGAAUUGGUUAAGACCUACAUACACUAAAAUUCAGGAAUAUAAGCAAAGACAGACAACUCACAUUUUAUUUUUAUUUUUGAAUAUUUUUUUUACUAUGAGGUAUAUGUAUUAUCGACUGGAGAUACCAUAAAGAGAUAAAGAGAAUUGUGUAAAGUAAAAACAGAUGUGUUUUUUUUUGUAUUAUUAUUGUUUUUUUUAAAUUAAGGUAAAUAAUAACUAAAAAGAUAUAUGUCUAACACCUUCAAUUCUAAUAUGUUAUAGAUUGUUUUUAAAGGGAAAAAAAUAUUUAUGUUUUUUAGAAGAAUGUAGUUGAAAACAAGGAGCCCAAACUCAGACCUGAGUUUUUUUUGUUUUUUGUUUUUUUGUGGUGAAUUAGAGCGCCUGUUUUUCCGUAAAAAUGUAAAUAACGUAAAGUACUGUAUUUUGACUUGUUGUACCCAGGUUGCCAUUAGAUAGAAGUUUAUGCUCUUGUAUAUAUUUCACAUCUCUUUGUAAGUAAUAAUUUAAGAAAGAAGUGUUGUAUCCUUUUAUUGAAGUCUUACUGGCAAAGGGCUGCCAGCUGUUCUGUUCUGUUCAAAGUGUUUUGUCCGGUUUUCAUAUCCUUAACCCUGCCUAACUUGAUUGUUGUGGAGUAAGCCUGUGUCAAUAGCUUGCCACUCCCCAAACCACUCGGGGUAUCGAGGCAGCUGCCAGCUCUACAUUGAGGCCAUGUAUUAAUGCAAUAAAAGUAAACCCUUUAUUUGGGAAGUAGUGUCUGUUCUGUUUAGUUUUUGAGCCCUCUGGUAUGUAGUUCUUCAGGUUUUAAAUGAUUUGUCCCACUUUGUGGCCACAACGGUAAAUCUUAAAACAGUUAUUUACUUCAAAAA